CACCCCCGGUCCUCAUUGUGCAGCCGAGGAAACAGCGCAAGGUUUCGACGACGUCGGUAUGAAAUGGCAGAAACUGGUUGUGUCACGGAAGCACAAAGAUUAGGUUACGCAGAAGCAACACAUGUAUUUUGCGGUGAUCCUGGCCUGCUACUGUGAGGGAAACAGGAGUGUAUCUGGAGGAAAAAGGGAUUAAGGAGCUGUUUUUGUGUUUCUCGCGGACACGUCCGGGUUGUGUCUGAAGCGGCGGACGGCGGCUGUUGUGGGUGGACUGUUGGAAGCAACCGGAGAGGAGGUCUUGCAAGGAGAGCUCUACUUGGAUGCCCAGGCCCAGAGUUUGUCCAAGGCUUCACCAUGAACCGGAACAAGCGUGAGAAGGAGUACUACAGUAUAGACGUAGGAGAUUCGACUUUCAUGGUUUUAAAGCGCUACCAGAACCUCAGACCCAUUGGAUCCGGAGCACAGGGAAUCGUCUGUUCAGCGUAUGACCACAACUUGGAGAGGAAUGUCGCCAUCAAGAAGCUGAGCCGGCCCUUUCAGAACCAGACCCAUGCCAAACGGGCCUACAGAGAACUGGUGCUUAUGAAAUGUGUCAACCACAAGAACAUAAUCGGCCUAUUAAAUGUAUUCACACCACAGAAGACACUGGAAGAAUUCCAAGAUGUGUAUCUAGUGAUGGAGCUCAUGGAUGCCAACCUGUGCCAGGUGAUUCAGAUGGAGCUGGACCAUGAGAGGCUGUCCUACCUGCUUUACCAGAUGCUGUGUGGCAUCAAACACCUUCACGCUGCAGGAAUCAUCCACAGGGAUCUGAAGCCCAGUAAUAUCGUGGUGAAAUCCGACUGCACGCUGAAGAUCCUGGACUUUGGUCUGGCGAGGACGGCCGCCACCGGCCUCCUCAUGACGCCCUAUGUGGUCACCCGCUACUACCGCGCCCCUGAAGUCAUCCUAGGGAUGGGUUACCAGGCCAACGUGGAUAUUUGGGCUGUGGGCUGCAUUAUGGCAGAAAUGGUUCGCCACAAAAUCCUUUUUCCAGGAAGGGAUUAUAUUGACCAAUGGAAUAAGGUGAUUGAGCAGCUGGGGACGCCGUCUCAGGAGUUUUUAAUGAAGCUCAACCAGUCGGUGAGGACGUACGUGGAGAACCGGCCGCGGUACGCCGGCUACAGCUUCGAGAAGCUCUUCCCGGACGUCUUAUUUCCUGCAGACUCUGAACACAACAAACUAAAAGCGAGCCAAGCCCGAGACCUCCUAUCCAAAAUGCUGGUAAUAGAUGCAUCCAAACGGAUCUCAGUGGACGAGGCUCUGCAGCACCCGUACAUCAACGUGUGGUACGACCCAACCGAGGUGGAGGCACCACCGCCUGUGAUCACAGACAAACAGCUGGAUGAGAGGGAGCACACAGUGGACGAGUGGAAAGAAUUGAUAUAUAAAGAAGUGUUGGACUGGGAGGAAAGGACAAAGAAUGGUGUCAUCAGGGGACAGCCAGGCUCCAUAGCACAGGUGCAACAGUGAGCAGCCCCUCCCACCAACACCAGCACCACCCCUCUACAUCCUCCUCCGCCUCCAUCACCGAUGUUUCAUCCAUGGCCACCGACCCGACCCCGACCGACACAGAUGGCAGCCUGGAGACGGCCAGAGCCGCCGCCGCCGCUCCAGCCCCCGGCGCCCUUGGCUGCUGCACAUGACUAUCAUGGACACCUGUUCGCGGUCCUGGGCCGGGCCUCGCUACCGGGUCACAUCCAAGACCACAGGCCCAACACUGGCUCCUAGCCCCGCCCCCUGCAUUUUCCUCCUCCCACCCCUCGUGCUCGUCUUCAGUAGUGUAGCGAUUAGCCAGAUAGCUGUUUGAGAAAUACUUUUAUUUCACCAAAGGACGGAUCUUUCCUUUGUUUUUUUCUUUUUUAAAUUACAGUCCUAGUCUUUUUUAAAAUGACUUUUUUGUUCGAGUCCUAGCUGUAAUUUAUUGUGGCAUUUCUUAAUUUUUUUUGAAACCUAAGAUGAGAAGAGAAUUUUUAUGAUUUCACUACGUUUCGGUUUGUAUUAACCGAUAGUGAAAAUUUAAAGAAAUAUCUGUAAAAUGUUUUAAUGUGAUCUAUUUUUCUGUUGAAAGUUAUUUGUUUCACAUGUAAGCUACUGCUUUUACAACUUGCCAUAUAAAUGUAGAUUGAGUUUGUACAGAUUUUAUGGUAGAUGUAAUUUUAUCUUCGAGACAAGUUUGCAGUGAGCCAUUGAAACCUAAUUUAACUGACUAACUAUCACCCCCUGGUAAUACAGCCCUACCCGUUGUAUAUCAUAUCAUUUUAAAUGCAUAUGGCAUAUCCAGUUAUUGUAAGUCACGACUACUUCCCACUUUGUAAGACCUAAACUCAGCAGUUUAUAAUUUGCCCCUUCAGAUUCGCUCUUCUUGGACCAUCCACCCGGUCACCGGUGACCCAUUUUAGGGUUGUAUGUUGUGUUUCAGUCACGACAAGAUGUUUCCUCUUAAAUGAAGUCCAUGCAUUUCAGCCUCAGAUUUCAUCUAAGUAUGAAAAGAGUGGAUAUUAAAAGGUCAAGUAAUGGAACUGAGGAUGGCACAGUUACGUCCCGCAAGAUAUCGUGGAAUUUCCUGAUGGCCGUGUUGUGUAUUUUAAGUGCUUAAAAGUACCUCGUCUGAAAUUGGAUUGGUAGAAUUGCUUCGGUAAAGCCAGGGGAUGUAGCGCGAGCAUUGGGCGGAUGCAACGGCGAGCUAUCGUUGACAAUUCCGGACUUUAGAAUGUUUAUUGUUGAAGAUGUGAAGUCGUGUGAGGUUGUGAAGUCAGUGACGGUGGAAGUAGAAAGUGCUUGGGUCAAGUAGGGAUUGGUGAUAUUGGGAAACGCAUGUGAACGUGUUGUUGUUUGGCAUCUCGGAGGGAAAAGAUGUCUGCUUGGAACUACCACAUCCUGUUAUUAGUAAUGUAACUAAUCUACUUGUGUUUUUUAUUAGAAAAUUUGACUGGAAAUGUGAUUUUUUUUUUUUCUAAAAGCCGGUCAAACACUUCACAUACCAUACCUGCCUGUAGAUAAAAAUAAAAAACUGAACAUGUAAAACUGCAGCACAAACAUCCCAAAAGGAACAGAACCAUUCUUACUGUAUGCAAUAAUAGUGCCCUUUUUGAGUCUUUUCAUUCUUUUUGCUUUUGAUUUUUUUUUUUUUUUUUCCGCUCUGAAAGGAAAAGUGCCUGUUGUUUGUCAAGCGUUCCAUUCCUGAGUAUGUGGAAGGUUUUUAUGGCAUCCGGAUACUGACCGUAGUUUCCAUAUCAAACCAUUAAUGUAUGACGGGGGUUGUAGUUCUCACAGAUGCAUUGUAUAUUUUUGUACUUGUUUUAAGUCGGAGACUGGCGUGUCUUGCAGGGUAUGAAGGCGAGGUUGUGUACGUCGAGGUGAUUCAGCAUGUGUUUGAGUCGUUUUAAAAGCAAAGGCAGGUUUAUCAAGGUCUUUCAUCAAAGUAAAAAGAAGUGAUUCUUUGCAGUGGCUUUUCUUUGACUAAAAAAUUCAUUUGAGAUCUGAAAUUGUCAGUAUUUUAUAGAAUGUUUUGGAUGUGUUGGUUAUGAUGGCAUUUUUGGCAAAUAUAAGACAUAGCUAACAAGAUAAAUUUACCUUUAUUAGCUGGUCGUUAGCCGAUAGUUGUCCAGGCAAGUUGCAACGUAAAAUUCUAAAGCCUGGGAGUGAGUGCUGUUUAUAUUUUCUAUCUAUCAAAUUUCAUUCAUCCACUUAGCUGAGAUUAUAUUUGUCACUACAAAUGUUUGCCUAACUAAAACCCCGAUCUGGAAGAAACAGGGUCUUGAUCUGGUCGUCACGGAUCACGGUGAUAUGACGGCAGAGGCAGAAACAUCACCUAUACUUAGACGUCACAUUGUUUAAAUGUGUUUCGUAAUAUGGUGAUGCCUUUUUUUGGUCCUGAUCUUUGAUGCGGAUGUUGGCUCAAUCGUUUAAAUACGCUGUAGUUCUGUGCUCUGCUUCGGAAAAAUGUCAAUGUCUGCCAAACACGUUUAAACCCAGAUGUGACCGUUCUUUCCACCGCAGGACCAUGGCUCCUCUGUUUGUCUGUUUUCGUUCAUUUCUAGAUUGGGUUGCACCAGUUUGUUAAAUCCGUUAUUAUUUCUUAGUACUCUCACAAGUCAUUUUUUUAAUAAUCACACCUGUCACUACUCCAUCGUUACCAGAAACUCGAUUUGCUCUAAGCAUGUUUGGAAAAUACUACUUCUUAGCAUCAGCAUUUCAAAGUAAAGAAUCUUCUAGGUUUAAUAUUAUUAUUUAUCUUCACUAUCACAAGUGGUGAAACUGAAUAUUCACAUGAUGUCUUAAAUGACCACAGGUUUUCUUUUAUAAAGAUUAUCUUUGGUACCAAUAAAAUAAAAAA